UUGUGGAUUGUGUGUGAUUUAGAUUGAAAACAUGUAGUGCUAAACUGCACCGAGCAGAUGGUUAUUAAUCGGGCAGUAGUGAUUUUUAGAUUAUUCCGUACUAGGGUUCAAUAGAAGCGUUGAUAUAGCAAUUCAUUCGUGGCGACUGGUUCUUGUGAUAGGCAGGUUGGAGGGUGGUUCGCAGUGAAAUUUGAAAAAUAAUUUAGUUUAAUGAACAAUAUUGAUUCAUUUCUUGAUUAGUGUGUCGCAUUGAAAAUGGAUUAGUUAAGUUGCACAAAAUCGAAUGUGAACGGAUGGAGAAAGUCGUUCGGUAAAGCGUGAAGGUCGUGCGUCGACCCCGUCCCGAUGCUGAAGGAGCUAUUAUUUUGCCUAGAAUGUAUGGGUCCAGACUAUCUGUCGCCAUUAUUUGGCUGGUUAAGUAGUAUGUAACGAAAAAUCGAAACUUGAAGCUGCAGCCGCAUACGGCUGUUGAAAUUAGACGUUGACAUCAACAUCGCAAAUGGCUGAAAAGGCUGAUUCGUCCAAAACGACUCGAGAGGAAAAUGCUUCAGCUCGGAAUGAGCUCGUGCUCGAGCGAGCACAUUGCGUUGAAUCAACCCAGUCAGGGGAUGAGCUUGAAGGUGCUGUCGGGGUGGUUUCGCCGGAGAGAUGUGUCGUAAAAGACGAGGACGACGACGACGAACUGUUGGAGUUUAAAAACAAUCAAGAUAAUUGUCCCCCGACGCCAUAUGAGGAAUGCUUGGAUCUGAAUAUAUUUGAAACUUUACUAAAACAAGAACGUGAAUUGGAAUCUCAAGCAAAACAGUUAGAGGAAAAGGAUGCAAGCAAUUCGAAUUUGGUUGAUGGAGAUCGGUCUCCAAGAAGAAUUGAAGAUGCCGAAGCCGACAGCAGUCUUUCACCGGCAUGCUGUUCUUCGUUGACGCCAACGGGAGGUCACCAUGUCGGUGACUCCUGUGGCUCUUCUACGUCCUCAGCGCCUUGCUCCGGAGUUCGUCGAAAAGCAAAAGUUACAGCUACUUCGCUGGAAGAACCGGUAUCAAAUGGUACGAAGAAAAAAGUUCGUUCUAAUGGCUCGCUUAAAUCAUCACCGUCACAAGAUUAUCUCCAAAUUUGGCCUUCCCCGGCAAGCGCUAAUGGUGAGCAGAGGAAAGAAGAGAGUACAUCUGUUCAGGCAAAACCUACCACUAGUCCGGCUGUUCAAGUUCACCGCCCUUUAGAGCGAUCGUGGCCCCCUAAACAGCAGCAACGCAAACAGCAAGCUUUUUUGCAACAGCAGCAAGGAUCCGAGGAGUUUUCAUUCGAUAUAAUUGACACAGACGAACAAUGCUAUAAUCUGACGGCACAAGAAACUGGUGCGAGUGGAACCGAUUUUGCUCCGGGUGAGUUUUUCGAGCAAACACCAAAACAAAUGCGCCACGAGAAGGUUGUUCGCGUAGUAAAACAAUCGCUGGAGGGCAUUGCCGAAAGUGCCCCCCUGGCUACACCUGAGACUGACGGAAGUUUAUCCGAGCACACACCCCUGAGACUGGGAAGACCGGAACGAAGCGUUGAACCAGAAAGUGAAAGCGUCAACGAAGCGGCCGUAGAAAUUAGCAAUGCAGCGAAAGCUCCCCUAAGAAAAGCAACUCAAAAGACGGAGUUUAUUUUUCCGGAAAGCCAGUAUGCGCAAGCUUCAUCCAGUUCGAGUGAAAUAAUUGAACCGCCCGGUGAAGUUAGGAUCAUCAAGCCUCACAAACCGUUGGUUAGAAUUUUAUCUAACGGGAGAGGGAAAAACGCGACUAACGGUCCUAUGAAUUCGGGCGAAUUGCUAGUGGUAGAUUCGAUGAAAGCAAGUCACAUUAUUUUUCCAGUUCAAAAUCUAUCCCCAUGCGCGAGGAGUCCCCCGUCGGGGUCUUCAACCCGAUCGGGGUCACCGCUGGAACAUCAUUCACCCGAUCGCCAUUCACCGGUUAUAAUGCACCCAAAACCGGUACGGCCCCAGCCUCGUCCACUGACCAGAGUCGGCUGCGGCCGCACUGAUCUCAUAUGUCCACCGACGCCAACUCAUCACGCGCGGCGGCUGCGCGUGCUGGCAGAAAACUUUGGACCUCCCGAGUUGCGAACGCGAAACGUCUUUUCACCGGAAAUCGUUAUUUCCCCGGAAACAACCAGAUAUAAUGAGCUGGUUACGGUGACCGGAAACCGGGUCGAUCAGCUGCGAGUGGCCGAAGGUCGUGAGGAUGAUACGGAAACCGAUUCACCGAUGCGACAUUUGACCAGCACGCGAUUGCCGUCCAUUCCGGAGCGAGCGCGUGGAGCUCUUGCCGAUCCCGAUGAACCUCUACCGCCCGCCUGGGAAGCUCGUAUGGACAGCCAUGGACGUAUAUUUUACAUUGACCACGCCACUCGAACAACGUCCUGGCAAAGGCCAGGAGCACAUUCCGGUAUUUCCGGACCGGAUCAGCAUCGGCAGCAGUUGGAUCGUCGUUAUCAAUCGAUUAGGAGAACAAUUUACGACCGACGCGAAGGCAGCAUGAGCCGUAGUCCGCCUAGGUUCGGCUAUGAUUCGAUCAACCCACGUCAAGGAGCUUCGGCCAUCGCUGUCGCAAUAAAUACGGCUCAAAUCGAGAGCCUACAAUUGGACCGAACAGCGCACCCAGCGCUGUUGCUAAUCUGUCGGGCGGACUUCUAUUCCAUGCUCCACACCAACACCGACGCCAUCCUAAUCUACAAUCGUAACGCCGCUUUGAAGCACAUGGUCUCCCGAGUACGCCGCGACCCCAACUGUUUCGGUCGUUACCAACACAAUCGGGAUCUGGUUGCAUUGGUCAAUUGUUUUGCCUCCAUGGACAAAGAUCUUCCCGCAGGUUGGGAGACCAAGGUGGACCAGAGUGGCAAGCAGUUCUUUAUCGAUCAUGCCAAUCGAAGAACUUCCUUUAUGGAUCCUCGAGUGCCUACCGAUUGCCCUCGAGCCUGUCGCAGACCGGAACAGCUAGUCGCUGCUGCUGCUGUUGCUGCUCCAGCAGCAGCACCACCCGUCGACAUUGCCCCAGUUCCCCCUCCCCGUCCACCAGCGUUGCCACGGUUGAGCAUCGGAUCGCCGGAGAUCCCCGUCGCUUAUAAUGAUAAGGUAGUUGCGUUCCUUCGUCAGCCAAACAUUCUCGAGAUCCUUCGGGAACGUCACGGGGCGGCGGCGUGUUCGCGUAAUUUGCGCGAUAAAAUUAACUCCAUCCGUGUGGAGGGAACGACCGCACUGGACCGACUUAGCCAUGACCUGCAGCUGACCAUCCUGUUGAGCCUUUUCGAGAACGAUAUUAUGAGCUACAUCCCGGUGGAGGCUCGCAGUCCACAGGGAUCACCGAAUCACAACAACUCGCGGGUCCCGCUGCGGGCUCCUCCUCCUUUCCGGCGGGAUUUUGAGGCCAAACUGCGCACCUUUUACCGCAAGCUAGAGUCCAAAGGUUUCGGCCAGGGGCCGCACAAGCUAAAAUUGCACAUCCGGCGGUCGCACCUGCUGGAGGAUGCCUUCCGGCGGAUCAUGUCCGCCAACAAGAAAGACCUUCAGCGCGGCCGACUGGCCGUCCUGUGGGACACGGAGGAAGGGCUCGAUUAUGGUGGGCCUUCGAGGGAGUUUUUCUUCCUCCUGUCCCGCGAACUGUUCAAUCCGUACUACGGUCUGUUCGAGUAUUCGGCCAACGACACUUACACGGUGCAGGUUUCGCCACUGUCCGCCUUCGUGGACAACAGCCAUGACUGGUUUCGCUUCAGCGGUCGCGUUCUAGGACUAGCUUUGGUGCAUCAGUAUUUGUUGGAUGCAUUCUUUACUCGACCUUUUUACAAGGCGCUUUUGCGACUGCCAGUCGCACUCAGUGAUCUCGAAUCGUUAGACAACGAGUUCCAUCAAUCGCUACAGUGGAUUCGGGACAAUGAUAUCGGUUCCGGAGCGUCCUUGGGUUUAACCUUCUGCGUAACGGAGGAAUUGCUGGGUAGAGUUGUGGAACGUGAACUGAAACCGGGUGGUAAAAACAUUCCAGUGACUGAGAAAAACAAACGUGAAUAUUUGGAACGAAUGGUUAAGUGGCGCCUGGAGCGCGGAGUACAAGAGCAAACGGAAUCGCUGGUUCGGGGCUUCUAUGAAGUCGUCGACCCGCGGCUCGUAUCCGUGUUUGAUGCCCGCGAGCUGGAACUAGUGAUCGCCGGUACGGCGGAGAUUGAUCUCAACGAUUGGCGCAUAAACACCGAAUACCGUAGCGGUUACCACGACGGCCAUCAGGUGAUCGUUUGGUUCUGGCAUGUGAUAGAGAAGUUUUCCAACGAACAGCGGCUGCGGCUGCUGCAGUUCGUGACGGGAACGUCCAGCAUUCCGUACGAAGGAUUUGCCGCGCUGCGCGGCUCGAACGGGCCGCGCCGGUUCUGCAUCGAAAAGUGGGGUAAACCGAACGCCCUUCCCCGGGCACAUACUUGCUUUAACCGAUUGGAUCUGCCGCCCUACCCUACGCCGGAUAUUCUGUACGAGAAGCUUCUGCUAGCGGUCGAGGAAACGAACACGUUUGGAAUUGAGUAGCUAGCUGACAGGAAUGGUGCCGACGUGUGGUUUGUGUAUCUGUUGCUGUUUCUGUUUUAUAGUUUAUUUAUUUUGUACUUUAUGAAGAUUUUAGUCGUACAGUUGCUAUGAAACGACGGGGGUUUAGAGACCACAAGGAAAAGCCGCUUCGAUAGAGUUGCUUCGGUGUUUGUAGUAGACGAAAGUAAAAGUUUGCAUGGCACGUAUUAUGAUGGUUGCAAACUAGUCGGUGUGUGAAUUGACCAAACCGAAGAAGCGCCACGAUUAUUGCAAGUGUUUUUGUUUGAUUGUGCUGCCAUACCAUAGCAUAGGAAACAAGCGAGCCCUGCGCUGCUGCGAAUUAUCAGUGCGAAACGAAACGGGUGAUUUCGUUAGUAUAAAAUAGAUAGAUUGGAAUCGUGUUGCUCGCCGUGCUUGCGGCGUAGGCAGACGGAUGGAUGGAUGGGUUGGUUACGCGAGAGAGCGAGGUCAGCGAAAAGGGAGAGCGAUGGGGCGGAAAAAUGCGCCGGCUUAGUGGUUUCGUGGUUUCUCUGGGCCGGCUAUCCUAGCCGGGCGAAGAAAACAAAGUGCAAAAGUUUCCUAGGAUUCAAGGAAGGCAUUUCUAUUUGCGCGCGAAAUAGGGGGACGUCUGGAUUCGGUGAAAUAUUGUUAAUUACAGUAUUUAGAUUGCGUUAAUUAGUUGAUUAACACAAUUUGAUGGUUUGCCCGCCUAUUUGUUUGUGUUUAGAAAUUUUGAUAUUCCAGUUUUAUUCGACGGUUUAAACUAUAAAAUGAAGUGGAUCUAAGUGUAACAUAAAUUAAAAAAAAAUCAAGCAAUAAUUUAUCACUAUUGUGAUUAUGAUAUGUCGAACUGUAAUCAUAUUGUUACGUGGAAACUCAAAAAAUGGCAUUCAUUGCUUGUCAGAGCCGUAUUCAAAUUGCGGUGCUUUCAUGAUAAUUAAUUAAUUCAUUCGCUUGUAAUUGUUAACAAGUGCGAUAAACUAAAUUCAAUCACGUCCUCUGGCAGUCGAUAAAUAUACAUUACUGCCAUGUACAAAUGUCAACUGUUGAUCAUAAAUUAAGUUACCACCAGAAACAUCUCGCUACGGUAGGCUAAAAGCUGAACGUUGUCAUCUAUACAGUAUGUGGAAAUUCUGUUAUCGAUAAAAUCUCUUUUUUCCUUCUCCGCUUCCCGUCCCUGGCCGAUGAGUGCUCUCGUAAUCUACCUGUCUCGAGUGUUGAAUUUAUCGAUAAAUCGAUCCAAUUUAUGUGACUAAAAAAAUGACAGAAAGACGCAAACUUAUUCAAUGACUGAGAAAAAUUAGAACCAAUCUUAAAGAUUGGAGAACAUUAACAACAACGAAGUUAGUAACGCAUGGAUCGCUCUGUUGACUAAAGGCCACCCUAACGGAACAUUAAAAUGUGUCACCAUCAUUGAUCGGUGACAUCAAACGAUGCGGUUGCUGCUUAUAUUGCCGGCUCAAGAAGAGUGUGAGAAAAUUUACAUCUAAUUGCAGUACACGAUACUAUAAGUAUGGUUUAAGAAUUAUUGCCUAGAACUAGGAUUAAAGAACGUGUUUUAGUUUUCAAUGCGGAGUAAGUCAUAAAAAAAUUACAAAAACAAAUCAACUGCACCUAUCCAAUGGGUAAUCCAAAAGUAGCACCAACAAUAGAAGGUACUAGUAAGCUGUAGAGUGACGAAUUUCCUAUAGUUGCGUAGAACAGUAAAUCUUAAACAGAACAAAAAUUAGUCGCUUUAUUGAAAAACCGUACGUUCGACAAAUAUGCUCUUCUAGUCAUAACUGAUAACUUUAAAUUUACCGAACAAAAAACAAUAGAGACCCACAGUAGCCUAACCAGACUAGCACCAUUUAUAAUCUACCCAUAGAAACCCAAAGCACACGUACAGCUACAAACACACGUAAAUUGAAAUAUCAGUAUAAAAAAUCCCGCCACCACUAAAUACGAUAUAACACACAGUCGCAAGGUAAUAUCGAAACACGUCAUUUUAAAAACAAAAAAGAAGUUUCGCCGCAAAACUUCGCUUUCCUGUUAGAACGUAACCGUUUCGCUGCCGUCAAAAUUCGAGAAAAGAAAUCGAUAAACACACACGCCUUUAUAUAGUAGAACAAAAAACAAGCGUUAAACCAACUAAAUAAUAAUGAGUAAUGCUAUUCCGUGUCCACAUGGAAUAACCACAAAACUAUACCUAGUAGAAAGUAACACCAUCUUCGAUCAUUUAUGUCAUGUCCUAUUAUUAGUAAAGCCAACCAAUCGGUGAACUGGGUUUUUAAAAGCUACUGCGUGCGUAAGCUAAGUUUUGAGCUGUGUGAUAUGCGUUUGGUUCAGUAUUCCGUUCUCUAACAAAUCCCGAUCUGCCCGAGGUUACAUUUAUCGUGCGUGCUCGUAGGAUAUUUUACGUAAUUACGUACCGUUAAUUGCUGCUAUGUUUUACUGUGUAAGACUAGAUGUACAUGAUUUUAUAUGAUUUACUACUAUCGUUUGAUAUCGAAAUGCUGAUAUGAUAUCGAAAAGUUUCGAAUUUGUAAUUACGUUUUACCACUUUUCCCGUACGUUUUAAGAACAUAUUUUACACAAUACACCCAACCACACACACCCACACACUUUGCAUUUGCGAUGCAGUCGAUGCAAGUUCAGUCAUAAUUUUAGUGUAUAUUUUACUGUAGAUGGUACUACUAUCGUUAGAAACGCUUACGCAAA